UAAUAAAAUAUUAAAAUAUUUAAUUCAAAAUUAAAUUUAAUUUUAUUUAAAAAGAAUUUUCAAUAAAUUUAAUUUACGUUAUUCAUAUCUGAAAAAAUUGAUUUACGUAGAAAAAGAUAUUAUACUUACGUCAUAAAUAUUGUGUAUCCAUGAUAGAUAAACUUAUUGUACGUAUCUUCAAUAUUAACAAGAAAAAUCUAGAAAAUUCAAACAUUCAAUUUUAUUCCAUAAAACAUUAUUGUGCGAUCUGUGUUAACUUAUUUCACGAUGUCAGAAAGUAAAAACGAUAAAUCAAAGAUUGAUUUAGGAUUAUUAGAAGAGGAUGAUGAAUUUGAAGAAUUCCCUGCAGAAGAUUGGACUGCAGUAGAUGAAGACAACGAGGAUAUCAGUGUCUGGGAAGAUAACUGGGAUGAUGAUGACGUAGAAGACGAUUUUAAUCAACAAUUAAGAGCACAAUUAGAGAAACAAAAGGCUCAAAACAAAGGAAAGGAAUCGUAAUGAAAUUAUAAAUUAUGUUAUUAUUCAUAAAUAUAUAUUAACUUAUUAAGAUUUCAUACACAUUUAAAUUUCAUUUGAUAUAUAUUGAUAGACUUUUAUUAAUUGAGAAAUAUAAUAAUUUUUCAUAAAUAUUUGUACAAAACUUAAACAUUAAAUAUAAAUGUACAAUUUAAAUGCAUAUAGUACCUAAUAUACAUGAAGUAUAUCAUACAACUCAUGACAAGAGUCCUGUAUUAAUGAAAAAAAUACUUGGCAUCUUUAGUAUAAAUAUAUAAUCAGGUACACAGUCUGUUUUGGAAAAUUUUAUAUAAUUCUACAUUAUAUCGAGUCAACAAAUUUAGUACAUAUGGCACAUCAAUUCCUUUUUUUGACUAAAAUAUAUCUCGGUAACUAGCAACUCUAAUAUUUUUAACUUCAAUAAUGGUUUAGUAGAAUUAAAAAAAGGAAUUGAAUUGACUGUUUUUAUCAAAUUAAAAUAAAAUGAAAUUAUAAAGAUAUUUUACUAUGAUUCGAUCUACAUGAACUUAAUAACUGUGAUGCUAAAACAUCUAAUAUUUGUAAAUUUAAGUCUAUAUUAAUUUUUUUUAUUUCAUAAGAAUCAAGUAGAUACUUUAAAAUAUUUAAAGUAUCAUCCUCACCAAAUGUUAAUUUUAUGUCAUUUGGAAUUUUAAUUAAUAGCUCUUGUAACAGUCUUUCUUUUAAUGUUGAUGGUUCUUCAGAAAAUUUAGUUUGUACAGUAUGAAGUGAUAUAUUACUCAAUUGAUCGGAAAUUCGUAAAGUAACAGCCUGUAAAUUAAACACAAUUCGUAAUUGAAUAUAAAAAUAAUUUUUUAUAAUAGUAAAAUAAUAAAUAAUAUAUAAAUUA